AUGAAAGACUUAAUGAACAUUCCACUCGUACAUAUCUUCACCCUGGCGGCCUUCAGUUUAGCUGAAAAACUUCCAAAAGCUCCCCUUAUCAACACUCCUCUGGAAACCGUGGACGCAUUAGUAGAAGAGGUUGCUAAAUUCAUGUGUGUAGUGGACUCCUACCCCGAGCCAGAGAUUACCUGGACACGUAACAACAUUCCCAUCAGGCUGUUUGAUACACGAUACAGCAUACAAGAAAAUGGGCAGCUUCUGACCAUUCGCAGCGUAGAGGACAGCGAUGAUGGAGUAUACUGCUGCUCAGCUGACAAUGGAGUUGGAGUGCCUGCAAGAAGCUGUGGGGCUUUACAGGUGAAAAUGAAACCUAAAAUAACUCGUCUUCCUGUAAAUGUAAAAAUAAUAGAAGGAUUAAAGGCUGUUCUUCCUUGCACUACAAUGGGGAAUCCCAAACCUUCUGUCUCUUGGAUCAAGGGAGAAACUGUUCUAAAGGAAAAUGCUCGGAUUGCUGUUCUGGAAUCAGGGAGUCUAAGGAUCCAUAAUGUUCAAAGAGAAGAUGCAGGACAUUAUCGCUGUGUAGCCAAGAACAGCCUGGGCGCAGCCUAUUCGAAACCUGUCACAAUGGAUGUGGAAGUUUUUGCCAGAAUCCUGAAGGCUCCUGAAUCCCACAAUGUCACCUUUGGGUCUGUGGUGACUCUGCGGUGCACGGCAACGGGCAUUCCCGUUCCCACUGUCACGUGGCUUGAAAAUGGAAAAGCUGUUUCUGCAGGAUCUAUAGUCGAAAGUGUGAAAGACAGAGUGAUCGACUCCCGACUGCAAGCAUACGUCACCAGGCCGGGCUUGUUCACAUGCAUUGCCACCAACAAACACAGCAAAACCUUUGGCACUGCAAAAGCUGCAGCGACUAUCACUGUGUCAGAAUGGAGCAAACUGUACAAGGGUGAUACAGGCUACUGCAGCACGUACAGAGGUGAGGUGUGUAGUGCUAUCUUGGUGAAGGAUGCUCUUGUUUUCUUCAACUCCUCCUAUGCUGACCCAGAGGAGACCCAAGAGCUGCUUGUUCACACUGCCUGGACUGAACUGAAAACGGUGAGUUCAUUCUGCCACCCGGCUGCUGAGUCUCUGCUGUGUAACUACAUCUUCCAGGAGUGCAAUCCCUCAGGAGUUGGACCGGCUCCAAAGCCCGUGUGCAGAGAGCAUUGCCUUGCGGUAAAGGAUCUCUACUGCUUUAAGGAAUGGCUCUCAAUGGAGGAGAACUCCCAGAAAGGGAUUUACAAACCAGGAUUAAUGCUGCUCGCUCUACCUGAAUGCAACAGACUUCCCAGCCUGCACCAGGACCCCAAGGCCUGCACCAGGAUUUCAUAUUUCGAUUUUGAGACAGAAAAUACAACCACAACUUGCUACAAAGGCAAUGGCAGGUUCUACCAGGGUUCUGUCAAUGUCACCACCUCGGGCAUUCCUUGCCAGAAGUGGAGUGAACAGGUACCCCAUUUGCACAGAAGGACCCCUCAGGUUUUCCCAGAGCUGUCAAAUGCAGAGAACUCUUGCCGUAAUCCAGGAGGGGAAAACGAACGUCCCUGGUGUUACACAAAGGACCAUUCUGUAAACUGGGAAUACUGCAGUGUGCCUCUUUGUGGCGAGGUGUCCAUACCAUCAGGAACAAAAAAACCAAGUGUAGAAACUCCCAAUCUCCCUUCUUCUUUCUCCCCUACCUACUCCAUGACUGUCAUCAUUGCCAUCAUCUCCAGCUUUGCAUUGAUAGUGAUUCUCAUUAUCAUUGCUCUUGUUUGCUGCCGAAGGCGAAAACAAUGGAAAAACAAAAAGAGGGAGUCACAGGCACCAGCGCUAACCACUCUUCCAUCAGAGCUCCUACUGGACAGACUUCAUCCUAACCCCAUGUAUCAGCGCAUACCCCUUCUCCUGAAUCCUAAAUUACUCAGCCUGGAAUACCCAAGAAACAAUAUUGAAUACGUGAGAGAUAUUGGAGAAGGAGCGUUUGGAAGGGUCUUUCAAGCAAGGGCUCCUGGAUUGCUUUCUUCUGAGCCAUUCACAAUGGUGGCAGUGAAAAUGCUAAAGGAAGAAGCUUCAGCAGACAUGCAGGCUGAUUUCCAGAGGGAGGCGGCUCUCAUGGCAGAAUUUGAUCACCCAAAUAUCGUCAAACUGUUAGGGGUGUGUGCUGUUGGGAAACCCAUGUGUCUGCUGUUUGAAUACAUGGCUUACGGGGAUCUCAAUGAGUACCUGCGCACUCGCUCACCGCACAACCUCUGCAGCCUGAGCCACAGUAACCUUGACGCCAGGAUCAGGCUCUCCAAUCCCAACCCCCUCGCUCUGUGCUGCACCAAUCAGCUCGGCAUUGCCAAGCAGGUGGCUGCGGGCAUGGCGUACCUCUCAGAGCGCAAGUUUGUGCAUCGGGAUUUGGCCACCAGGAAUUGUUUGGUGGGCGAGAAUAGGGUGGUAAAAAUCGCUGACUUUGGCCUCUCCAGGAAUAUCUAUUCAGCAGACUAUUACAAAGCCAAUGAAAACGAUGCCAUUCCCAUACGCUGGAUGCCCCCCGAAUCCAUAUUCUACAACCGCUACACCACCGAGUCCGACGUGUGGGCCUACGGCGUGGUCCUGUGGGAGAUUUUCUCCUAUGGCAUGCAACCCUAUUAUGGGAUGGCUCACGAGGAGGUGAUUUAUUACGUGAGAGAUGGCAACGUCCUCUCUUGCCCCGACGACUGCCCUUUGGAGCUCUACAACCUGAUGCGCCUUUGCUGGAGCAAGCUGCCUUCUGACAGGCCCAGUUUCGCCAGCAUCCAUCGCAUCCUGGAGCGUAUAUACGAGAGGGCAGUGGCUGCUAUCCAUGUCUGA